UUUUUGUUUGGUUUUGGUAUCUAGGCUACCCACAUGGAUCAAGAGUUCAACAUAAAAUCUGAAGCUGUUGCUUCGGAAGAUGAAGAUAAUGUAAAAUAUAUCAAACUCAAUUCUGAAAUCAAAGUUGAAAAAGAAUACCUAUAUAUACCCAUGGACCAGGUUAUUCAAGUUUCCAGUAUGUCAGAACAUGAAGAGGAUAUCCAAAAUAUGAUACCAAAUAUUGAAAUUAAGAAUGAAAAAGGCCAGGGCAGUUUUAUUAACAACUAUGAAGAAAGUCCAAGUUAUGACAAAGUUUUCUCAACUAAUGGUUUGCCAACAUUGCUGUCACAUCGGAGAACAAAAAAUGAGGAUAAAGAAAAGUGUAUGGUGUCACAAAUGAAAAGUUACACUGAAAACCAUCAGUUCAUUAUUUUACCUGGUCACAGUAUCAAAAAAGAGAAAUAUGUGGAUGUAUGCAGUUACGUAGACAAACAUGACCAAACUGACAGGUUAAAGAAACAUGUUGAAAAAGAAAAGGAAGAGAUGCAAUAUGAUCGUAAACAUUGUGAAAAGAAAUACAAACAAAAGAGCAAUUUAAAAGUGCAUUUGACAAUACAUGAAGGAAAGAUACCGAAUAGAUGUAAGCAUUGUGGAAUUAUUUUUAGUCGAAAAGACUCUCUGCAUAGACAUUUGAAAACUAUACUCCACAUAGAGAAUCCAUAUGAAUGUGGACAUUGUGGAAAGAAGUUUAGUUACAGCAGAGAUUUAAAAGAACAUUUGAAGUUACAUACUGGGGAAAAACCAUACGAAUGUGAACAUUGUGGAAAGAAGUUUAAUUACAGCAGUGGUUUAAGAGAACACUUGAAGGUACACACUAGAGAAAAACCAUAUGAAUGUGAACAUUGUGGAAAGAAGUUCAGUUACAAUGGUAAUUUAAAAUCACAUUUGAAAAUACAUACUGGAGAAAAACCCUACGAAUGUGAACAUUGUGGAAAGAAAUUUGUUAAAAAUAAUUCUUUGAAAACUCAUUUGAGGAUACACACAGGGGAGAGACCAUAUCAAUGUGACAUUUGUGGAAAGACAUUCACACAAAAUUUUUGUUUGCAAACACAUUUGAGGGUACACAGUGGAGAAACACCUUAUCACUGUGAAAUUUGUGGAAAGAAAUUUAAGCAAAGUAGUCAUUUGAAAGCUCAUUUGAGAAAAAAAAAACCUUAUGAAGACAUGAUGAUACACACUGGAGGAAUGUGAUCAUUGUGAGAAGGAAUUUUAUCACAAUGAUCAUUUGAUAACAUUUUAUGGUACAUACUGGAGAGAUUCCUUUAUGAAUGUGAACCGGCAGUGGUAUCAGCAUUUCACUGAGAGGUGGUCCAUCAUUUUCUGAUAGACAGGCAUACCCAACUCUUGAGAGUUUGAUAAUACACG